UAAGUACAACAGACCUAUAAUAUAAUGCAACCUAAACAGAACCUGAUCAUUUGAUAAAUAAUCUACGUUCUGAUUUAAAGAUGGAUAUUUCGAGGGAUGGUUAUAUACUCACUAGCGUAGUAAUUCUUACUGUAUUAUAUAGGUGUCAUGCAUCUCCGGAUAUAGUUACAUGUGACGAUGAUAAACUUACCGACGGGAAGGGUGUGUUUAUCAGCGCAGUACAGACAUAUUAUGAAUGCGAGUAUCUAAAGAAUAAGACGUAUCCUGGGGCUGAAUACCUUGGAAUUUAUGCCGACAAAGAGGAAUACUGCAAGCGUCUAACGACUGACUGCUGCGAAACGUGUGCAUCAAUUUUAAGAAUUCAACAACACGAAAACGAGUGCCAAGACGUUAGUAUAUGGCUAGGUGAUGGGCAAUACGAAUGUUCGCAUUUGCUUAAUGGUUCAGAGGAUGCAGGUUUAGGGAUUUACUCAAACCGGGAAUGGAUCUGCAAGAUGACAACAACACAAUGUUGUGAGAGCUGCAAGGUAGUAAACAGUAAGUUCAAAGGAACCACGUCACCUGCCAUGUUUACACCAGAAGGUACACCAGAUACAACUGACACAACAACAACAACAACAAGGACAACAACAACAUCUGCCAAUGUCGUCACAGAAAUAACGCACCCCGAAGAACUGCAAGAUGACUGUAAAAAUAACUGUAUCUGGUUGGUUGAUGGACUGCAUGGAAGAUGUGAGUGGUUACUGGAUCCGAAGCGGUCAGAAUACAAUGUCAGAGUAUAUAUCUGUACCCAAGGUUUUGCUGAGGGAUGCAAACGAACAUGCGGAGCUAUUCUAAGGGGCGUUACGGACACGACAAUAACGACUGUCGAAAAGGCUGCUGUAACAGAGGCUGACUGCACAGAUUCUCACAUUAUGGUUGACAAAAGGGCAUACGACUGCAGUGAACUGGGCAAUGCAAAUUCAGACCUGUAUAAUUUGAGAAGCUCCUUGUGCGAAUCAGAAGAUACGGUUUGCUGUUUGACGUGUAGACAAUUACAUAACGAGAAGCAGUCAAGUGAUGUAAAAUACAACGAAGAAAACGCAGCCAAAGAGAAAGAUAACGUUGUUGUAGCUGCAAACAUACUGGAAGUGAGUGUACAAUUCCAAGACCCGAACACGGAAACGAUACAACAUACAAAUGACUCGCCUGUGAUGAUGAUGCACGUUAUGUACACUGUUUGUGGUUUUACUGUUGCAACGAUUUGGAAUUAUUAGCGAAAAAACCUUUAUAGGGGUGUAAAACAUUGUAACUGGAAACCAAACUUAGUAACUCUUCAUUUCAUUAAUUUUAUGCUUGGUUAUAAAAUUCCCUAAUUACUUGAAAAUUGUUUAAAUGCUGUGUGUCAAUGUCAAUACUAUUUCUGCUAAGUGCAAAUAGUGACUAGAAAAUAACGUAAAGGACAUUCGGCUUACUCAUCUCUGCUGCUUGCAGUACAUAUAGUACCUUUUAUAAUGUCAUUAUGACGGCAAGACAGGUGAGAUGCAGUGUACAGUUCCCAUAGUGCUAUUAAUACUUUCAGUACAGAUAGGUUAAAUGUUCGUAUUUUUAUUAAUGUCAGAGGAAAUGAGACACUAUCAUCAGAGUACGUACAUAUACAUUUGCUCGUGGAAUUAAAGACAUAGGACAACAUACCUUUUAUGCAUGAAAAUCACUGUUAAAAAAUAUAGUUAUGACUGACAAUAUAUUUUCUUUUUGUUUUUGUUUGGUUUGGUGUCACAUCGACACAAUUUAUGUGAUCUGGCAACUUUUCCAGCUGUUUAUGUUUUGAGUGAAAUAAAUUCGAACUUGUAGGAACAAUAUUUAAUUACAAAAAAAAAAUGUUGUGACAUUGAUAUAAUCUUAGUUAAAAUGAACAUUUCGUCUUAGCCACUAAAAUACCAGUGUCAGUUUGCAACUGUAAUAAAAAUGAAAUUUUACGAAUAUCUUAUACAUGUUUAACAUUUCGGUUCAUGUGUAUGCUUAUUCCUUGGUUCGUUGUCCCGAUAUAAAUUUGCUGUCUUUUUUAAAGUUAAUGUUGGACAAGAUAAUAUUUUUUUAUUCAAAAUAAAUACAAAAAGUGUAAGUAUAGUUGAGUGUUCAAUUUAUAGACUCGUCUGACGAUUAGGGAAUUCAGCAUGGUUUACUUUGCCUUAUUUAAGUAAGAAGCGCUAUUUACUGAAUAGCAUUACCUAAAUAACGGACCGUUUCAUUAUUAUUGAAAGUACAACAACAUAGAUGGCCUCAAAACCGAAUUAAAUAGUUUGAUGUGCUAGUUUGUAAUGUGACAACAUUAUCGCAUAACCUAUCGACCUCCACUUCCAAUCACAUAAAUCUAAUUUACAUAAAGCGGAUGUACAAUGACAAGCUUGUCUAAUGUCAAAUACCUUGUAACAAUACGAUCUGGUUAGAUAUGAAACCGGAGAAAGAUAUAUUCAACCUUGUACAAAGUAACAUUUCAAUGGGUUAUGCAUAUUAUAACAUGUGUUAAAUAAGGCUAUAAAGAUAUACAGCAUAUUAUUUACAAGCUGAUAGCUAUAGUUCAUCACAAUUUUGACAUCUUGCAAUAUUGUAUCUUUUGAUUUUUAAAAGUACAUUGCGACAAACAUUAAGUACUGUUACAGUAAUAGCUUUUGUAAGAAAAUUUGAUUGCAAAAUAAGAUCGACAUAUUCCGUACUGAAAAUUAUGUACCUGUCAUUCUAUUCCACCACAUAAAAAGUACACAAAUUUAUAAUUCACACGAUUGAAUAUAAUUAUAUUUUAGUAAUACUGGAAACAUCUACUGAGCGAAAGACGUAAAUUAAAAUAAAUACAGAUUGUUGUAUUCGUAAAUUUUAUAUUCGUGAAUUUCGCACUCGCAUCCAUUACUUCUCAGACUUUUCGGUAGAAAUUAAUUAUGUCGUCAGAAGACGCAGGGACUUUGUUACUCUGCAUUUGUCUGUUGUUUGAAUCCUUUGCUCACAAGAAACCGUAACGCGAUAAUACGACGGUGAAAAGUCAGAAGCACGAUGGUGAAGAGUUGGUGAAAAGUCGAAGCUAGGAUGGUGAAAAGUCGAGACGUUUAAAAGUCAACACAACGAAACCACGAUGGUGAAAUAAAAGUUUUGACUUUUCACCAUCGUAGAUUUGUUUUCUUGAUUUAUCAUUAUCGAAGUUUCGUGUUUUCACCAUCGUGGUUUCGAGCUUGAAAUAUGCGGCGAUAUCUCAAACGCGCCAACGUAUAAAUACGUUUAUAAAUACAGGACCGUGCACAACAUAGUACUUGUACUUUGGUUCGUGAUAGUCUGAGUUACUUCCGUUUGUUUCUAAGCUCAGAUAUGUAUUUGACAUUAGUAUAGAAAUUACUAUAUGUUAAAUUGAAGUUACUUAAAGGAAUAGUCUGAUUUUUUCAAGUAUUGUCCUACACUGAUUAAACUUGUCCCAUGAUAUAAUUUUAAAGAAAAAAAGAUGUUUCAUAAGGUGUAGAGCCGCUCACAUGGCCCGUCUGAACCCAAAGUGUUUGUGAACAACUGCGAAAUUUUGUAGAUGAACACUAAUUGAACUGAUAAAUGAAAUAUAUAAUAGAUCAAACUAGAAUGGAAUUGAAAUAUGCAGGAUGUAACUUCUUGACAUUUCCUUACGUGUGUAAGACUUUCAAAGGCAAACAAACGCAAUUUACACCACCUAGCAUUUGAGCAAUGAUCAUUUGAAAAUUAUUUCUAUAAGGCUUUAUUUGUCAUGGUGCAAAGGUUUUAACUACAGUAUUACAGAAACCAGGUGAGACAAAAUGUUUGGUUAGCCUGGAACCCGAACCGUGACCGGAAUACGAUUCGAUGCUCUUCCUAAUGAGCUAUCAGGUUUGCUUACACUUUUGAUUAUCAUGUCCAGCACUGUGACAUUACCAUGCGUACUUUAAAUUGUUUAUAAGGUUUACAAGAUUUAUGAAAUAAGAGCGGACGCUGUUUUCUCACAUAUCAGACAGAAAAAUCUCUAUUUUUAGAAAUGCUGGAAAAUCUUUUACAGAUAAAAAAAUGGGCAGACAGAGGGCUCGAACACUCAACCCUGAGUUUACUGGCAAAACGCUUUGUCCGCACAGCUAUAUCUGCACAUUACCUGGCGGCUUUUCAAUAGUUAUAUCGUUGUUUGGGUUCGGACACCGAAAAUUAAUUUACGGAAACAUACGGAAUAUUCAUGAGUGCCAGGUCAAUACUUACGAAAAAUAUAAAUGAAUAUACAUAACAAAUAAUGAAACGCAACAUUCAAUUGACCAUUCAAUC